GUGCAACAGAAUGUAUUAACUAGUAAGACAGCGCUAUGUUAAAUCCUUCCUCCUGCUAUUAGUCAACCGCUGCUGCAAGGGAAUGAGCUCCAAUGCGCAUUCGACGGCUCCACAAGCGGUCGCCAUGUCUGUCGAAAGCCGUGAUGUGGAACCUGUAUUGCGCCCUAGCUUGCAUCCCGAGUCUCGAAGUGCUGUUCGGGAGCGAUGCGAAGCGCUUGCACGACAGGUCUUUGCGAGGGGCCUCGCAGCCGCGAUUCCCUCGCAGCCACCGGACGCACCACCCCAACCACGGCCGCACCAGGUGGAGGCAGUGGCGCGGCUGCUGGAGGGGGUAUAUUGGGACUGUACGGCACCCGCACCUGUCAACUACCUCCUGCAGCACUCCACGGGCAGUGGCAAGAGCUUCACGCUAGCUGCCCUGGCGGUGGCUCUGUGCGGCUGGCGGGACGGGGCGGGCGGGGCGGUGGGGCGGGUGCUGCUGCUGAGCGACCGGCUGCAGCUGGAGGAGCAGCUGGGGGGCGCGGUGGAGGGCUUCUGGAGGGGCAACGGCGGCCCCCCCGGCGGCCUCCUACGCGCCGCCACCACCGCCCAGCUCGCCGCCUUCCUGGCCCCUGCUCCCCAACAACAACAACAGCACCACCACCCGGAGGGGGAGGGGGACCCCUGCUGGGCCCCCACACCACCCGGCUGCCCCUCCCCUCCCCCCGGAGCCAGCUCCCCGCAGCAACCCCCAGCCAGCUCCCCGCCCUCCCCGCCCUGCCAUCCGGAGGAGGAGCAGGAGGAGGCCCCCAGCUGCCGCCCCCGCUGCCGGCCGCUGGUGGUGCUGUGUACGGUUCAGAAGCUCACCGCGCUGUGGCGG